AGUAAACAAACCGGUGCAACUCAGCCUGGAGAGCUACGUCGACGAGUGCUUUGUCAACUUCGUGAUGGGCAAACCACAAAAAAAUCCUGCUACCACGGCCACACCAACUUCUAAACGCACUCGUUCCGAGUGCUCAACAAGCACAUCCACAUUAUCCCCAGAGAAAAGCUUCACUGAUGUCCUGGACUCCAUCGACAAGAAGCUAACUAGCCUAGAUGCCCGACUUGCCUUGGUGGAGGUACUACACAAGGAAUUCCAACAGCUGAGGGUGUCGUUGGAGUUUAGCCAAGAGCAGGUGGCGUCGCUUGCUGUCGAGAACCAAACGCUGAGGGAUACCGUGAAACAACUCACCGAUGGGAUGACACAGCUGACCGGGGAAAACAAGAAAAUGAGGGAGACCAUUCUGGACAUCCAGGCUCGGAGCAUGCGGGACAACCUCGUCUUCUCCGGGAUCCCAGAGCAAGCAGAGGAGGAUGCCGAAGCCUCGGUUCGCGAAUUCCUCCAGCAUCAGCUGAAACUCCCGAGUGAAGCGGUAAAAAAUAUAACUUUCCAUCGUGUUCACCGGCUCGGAGGUAAGAAGCCCGAUAACAAACGGCCUCGGCCAAUUGUAGCUAAAUUUGAACAUUACAAGCAAAAAGAGCAGGUCAGGAGUCGGGGCAGAGAGCUGCGUGGAACACACUACAGUGUUAAUGAACAAUUUCCAAAAGAGAUUCUCGAUCGGAGGCGAGUAUUAUUUCCAAUAAGGAAGAAAUACAUCACUGAGGGCGUCAGAGCUACGGUAGCUGUAGAUAAGCUUUAUGUUAACGGUCAGCUGUACAGGGACCGGGAGGUUACCCCAUGGCUUUAUUAGGAGCAACUUCAUGUUAAUUUAAAGCAUGUAAUUGAUUAGAUAA